UACUCUCAGCGCUAACUCUAUUAACAACUAAUAAUUUCUGAUUUUGCCAACGAAUAAUGAUUACGAUCACCGUGUAUUUAGAACAACAACAUCUGCUUUAUAUGCCAGACAUUUUUCUCAUUAUUCAAUUUCGCGUUUGUUAUCCGAGCAAGUGAAUCUAUAAUUUUCCGAUGAUCUGGCAUGAGUAAAAGAAUUUGUUUUUUGUUCAUUUAGUUUAAAUUCGAAUUUAUGGCUUAGAGCACGAGAAAUAAUCUACGAAGUGCCGAGAGUAUUAUGGAACGUUCCUUUUAAGGAAAAUUCGUUUUUUUUCUUUCUUUCAUCAAAGUGAUGGUUCAAAGAGAUAUAACUACGGAAGGUAUUCCUAUGCAAGUGGUCACAUUGAAUGGAUCAACUGACAAGUCUCAAACGCGUAAAUAUGUUCUGACGGUGGACAUUGAGUGCGAUGAAAUGAUGGCGAAAGGUCACGGUGAUGCGGACUUAACGUGGAAAACAAUGCUGUACAAUUCAGCCAUCCAUUUGGCCAUUUUCGUUUUUACCGUCUUCAUCACAAUUUUGAGUUUUCGCUAUGGAAUCACUCUGUUCAGCUACCACCCACCUCUAAUGGUUGGCUUUUUCGUCUGUAUGACCGAGGCGAUCUUAUGCUUUUCGAACGAAAACAUUCUAACCAGAUACCUGAACCACAAGGAACGGAUGACUUUCCAUUGGAUCUUACAAAUCGUUGGCAGUUGUCUGCUAACCGUUGCAUUUACCGUCAUAGUCAUUUCGAAAAACACGAAAGGCAAACCGCAUUUCGCUACCUGGCAUGGAAUCUUCGGUCUGAUAGCCACAAUUGGACUCGUAUUGGCAAUGUGCGGCGGUGUCGUUGCGAAAUACAGUUUUGCCAUUCGAAAAAUCAUUCGGCCAGUCACCGUUAAAGUGAUCCAUUCCAUAUUUGGUUGCGUUGUGUACGCGCUGAUGAUAUUCACCGUGUUGCUGGGCGUGUAUUCGAACUGGUUCAAACGGCAUUCGUCGGUGACCGGAGCUAUUGUGGCAAAUGUGAUAAUUUUCUUCAUUGUUCAGUACGUGCUGGUGCAGCCGAUCCAAUUGAUUUACGGCCGAAUUAAGAACAUUUAUUUGAGAUCAAAUUUGUAUGCUGAACCGCAAUGAUGAUGACGAUGAUGUUGUUUUGUGAUAUAAAAGAGAAAUUACGGGAAAAUUUUAGUUUUUUGAAUACAUCUAAAUUGAGUAA